GCGGAGUUGGGACUUGGAAGACAGUAUAAAAAUAAUUAUGAAAAUCAAAACUAAAACAACCGUUUUAAAUACUAUUUAACAUUGUAUUAUUGUAAUCAUUUUGCGACAAUAUUCUAAUUAUUAUUUACAAACGUGCAGGCAAGUUAUUUAUCUGCAUAUUCUAUGCCUGCCUAAUAUUUAUCAUGACUGAUGUUAUAGUUAAACUUAUUUCUAACUUUUUAUUGUCCAUCAACUAUAAGUAAAUCUUCAUUGUUAAAUGAAAACCUGAACGGAAAGACAAAAUAUCUCCACUAGUUAAAAGUUACAGGUAUUAUUUGAAUAAAAACGUGAUUCCAAAUUUAAAAUGGAUAAAGAAAACAGAAGCGCAGCUGGUUUGAGACGCUCGGCAAUUGCUGAAAGGUUAAGAUUAAGAGAGGAAUGGUCAGCAUUGAAAGGAGUAGAGGAAAAGAAGGCAGUUGAGGCAAGGGUACUGACCAAAAGGCAACAAAAUGUAUUCAAACCAAAAACUGUUAACAAAAACAGAGAUAUGAAGAGGUAUAACUUGAGAAAGGACCUUCCAAAUUCAACAUCGGAUGUGCUUCGAGGUGUGGUAGCUCUGGUUGAUGUAGGAGCAGAGUCUCGAGCAUUGGCACUCAGAGCUGCGCUGACUGCACUAGGGGCUUCUGUUGUACCCAUUUGGAGCCCCUUAGUUACUCAUGUUAUAUGGACACAAGGAGGUUGCCGAGAGACUCGGGCCAAAGGUAGAGCUCUAGCAUGUCAGCUGGUGUCACCACUGUGGGUGGAGGCGUGCGCCAGUGCAGCAAGGAGACUGCCGGAGCGACUGUUCCCUGCGCCCACCAGACCAUCGGAUCUCCCUUCCCCCGCCACUCUGCGACAUCUGUUGAGGAAAGCAGAACAAGAAAAUAUAUCUUUAGAAAAUUUGCUCUCUGAGAGCGACGAGGCACUGCCGCGACUGAGGAUAUCCAGCGAGAAUGAACGCGAUACUAGCGCCGACCAGUCGCACGACAAGUCGCACACGAGCAAUGACUCACCGGACAGAUCUCGACCUGAUUUGAUAACUCAGCGCCAACCUCACCUACUCACAGGCGCUACGUCUCCUCACAAGAAGUCAAAACGGAAGCUCUUCACGCAGAAGGAAACUGAUCUCAUCACCGAUGAAGAUGACGCAGACGGGUCCCCGAGUCCGGCCAAACAGAAGCGUCCUCAAGGCGUGGUGUCGGGUCGAGAGCGUCGCGGACUGGUGCGCGCCGAGCGACUCGCACGCAAGUUGGUCGAGACGCCGUGUGCGCGAGACAAGCGACGGAUCGCCACGACCAGCGACCGUGUACCGAGGAUAGUACUGACGGGCAUGUCGCGGAUGGAACGUCACGAAGUAUGCAACGCGAUCAGAUCUCUGGGCGGUCGGAUCCAGAGCCGCGUCAACAAGCGGACCACCCACGUAGUGCUCGGCUCCUGUCGCGAGAGCAGCCCCGAGCGAGCGCUCGCGCAGAUGUUCUCCAACAUCAACAUGGAUCAGGUUGACAAACCGGUUGAUGAUAGAACUAAUAAUAAUAAACAGUUGAAUGACGAUAAGGAAAACAAUAGAAAUAGGUGUGGUGAUAUUAGUGGAGUGAAUGUUUUAAAUGAAACAAGUCAAAGUGACAGAGUGAUAGUGUGCAGCUCGGUGGAUAAUGUGGUGAUGAACAAGCCCCGGAAUGUGAAUGCGUUGCUGGGAGCCGUGCGUGGGUGUCGGGUGCUGUGGACGAGCUGGCUGCUGGAGUCAGCGAAGCAGGGACGGUGGCUGCCACACUAUGGGCAUGAAGUGCAUCAUCUCUUGAAGGUUUCACAAAGGGCGCGUGUGGAGCGGUGCGCGCUAGGACGGACGCGCAGCGAGUACGCCUGUGACGUGUUCUGCGGACUGCGCGUGCGCGUGGACCAGGCGGCGACGAACCGCGAUGACGUCAUCACGCUGCUCACUCUGUGUGGAGCCACGUUAGAUGUACGUGAGGGUAUGGUCGAGGGGACACAGGCGGAGGCCAUGGUGACAGUGGGCGCAGCUGUUGGCCAGGUGAGCUCCCGGUGGGUGUUCGACAGCGUGGUGGCUGGAAGGCCACGAACCACGCGCAGAUACCUCCACAAGCAGGUGCCCUUGGAUGUGGUCCACCUGACGCGAGGCUCCGAGUGACCACUGCACCAGUUUCUUAUUCCUGUGAAAGUGAAUGAUGGCCAAUGCUUACAUGUGGUGGAAGGUCGGCAUCUUCUGGACAGCAUACUACAACUUGUUAUAUGACAUCAACCACUAAUGAAAGAGAAGAUAGUAACUGUAGGUGAAAUUUUAACUUGAGAGUUAAACAAGAUAUACCAAGAUUUACGGCCAAUGCGUACUCGAACGGUUUUUUUUUAUUAUUUAUUUAUUUAUACUAUUAAUCAUUUACGGAAAGAAUCUUAAAAGCUAACAUAGUCCCGCAAAACUGUUUGGACAGUUUGUCUGCAGGAUCAAGUCUCUUGUAACACAUUAAUGCUUAUUAGAACAUUGAUUUUUAUACAAUUGUAAUUAACAAAUAUUGAUAAAAAUAUAAUAAAAAAUCUAAUUUUAAUUUUGGCUCAGUUGGCUAGAGCGCUCGGACGAAAUCCGAGGGGUCGCGGGUUCGAGUCCCGCAUCAUUCAUGAACUUUAAUUACAAAUUCAAUUUUUGUAUAAAUAUUCGUCCUUUAAUUCCAAUUAUAUUAUCGAUAAGGUGUUAAUUUCACAAACAAUUCUGGUAGAGAUAUCGUGUAUAUGUUCAUAAGUAUUUAUUUAAAGAAAAUUGUGACACAGACAGACAGAUCAAUUGUAUGUAUAGAUAUAUCAAACAAUGAAAUAAUAUUAAAAACAUUUUAUUUAAAUUUAUACACAAAUUGUAUUUAAACUAAUUUUGAAUGUUAUUUUGUAUGUUUUUAAAUACUGUAUAUCUGAAAUUUUCUUAAUAAUUACUAUAUACCUGUGAUUGUUAUUGAAAAUUGUGUUAUUUUACAAUAUAUUAUAUUUUACACAUAUUGAAA